AUGAGUUCGCUAGCAUUAUAUACAGAUCCUUUGGUUUCUCUGCUGAAGGAUCCGAAUCUAAAUAAGGAGAAGGACAAGUCACAAGAACUGAUCAGGCAUAUCAAUAGCAUAAACGAUGAAGAGAUCAAGUCAUGGUGUAUUGAAGCAUUUGAGAUCCUGAAAGAUCUGGAGACACUUGAGCUCAAGAUUAAGAAUUGGGAGUUCCAUGCACUUGAGUUCAACGUUUCUCAGUCACUCAUUUUGGGCGAAGAAGACCAAAGAAAAAGAGCAUUCAACUCCAAACUUGCGCAAAGAGUAGCAAAGAAUUGUUUGGAUCUCCAUAGAUCGCUUCAAGAUUUGGGGGUCGAAAUCAAUGAACUAAACGGGCUGGCCAAGUUCAUGAGUCCCCGCCAACGGAUUAGUGAUCCGGGAACAAUUCUGACCGAGCUGAUGUUGAGGGCAAUCAAACUGAAAAGUUUGUUGCUUGAUGAAGUUUCCAUUCGCUAUUCCAAAGCCAAACUCGUCAAGAUCGGAAUGGAUUUGGAGAGCAUCAUGUACCAGGAUGAUGAAGGAAAUUACGAUGACAUUACCGAAGACACCGUCGUCAAUUACAAACAGUUCAUCAACACCUUGUUACAGCAGAUCAACGAUUGUAUUAGCACAGGAGAUACAAUAGGCGCAUUGGAAUGUGUAUCCGUGGUGACCGACGUCGAACGGAUGUUUGAAGCCAUGAAGAAAGAUAAACUCGAUCGGAACAAGGAGAACCUGCUAACUGGGCCAGAUCUUAGCGCAGAGAAAAUGAGCACGUCUGCCGGCUCCGAAAGUUCCACCUCCACUAGCAACAGUGACACUCUUUGUGGAGAUGAGCCAGCUAAAGAAGUCGAACUUCCUCGCAAGAAAUCUACAGCCGAAAGAUCUUCCAACUUCCAAUCCACCGCAUUAUACUCUCCACUCUACAAGACCACACUUGCCGAAAACAUGCCAUAUCUGAUGCACGCGUUCGAGGAGGCAAGAAAUGUGGAAGAAGAUUUGAAGGAUGUGAUGGAAGCUUCCGAUUUGAAGCACGAAAAAAGACGGAAGCCAACGGCACCUACCAAGUUGGAAGUGUAUCCUGGUCUUUCUUCAAUGAAAAGGGAAUUCCCCCUAAACCAGCAGCUUCCGGUCUUUUCCCUGAGUCCAUUUAUGAAACCAAAUCGUCAAAUCGUUAUUGGUCGCGUUGGUCUCCAGAAAAAUGAGACUCCAGCUGGACAACCCACAAAAUUCAGAAAGUCUUCCCAAACUGUCCCGAAAAGCGUGCAGAACUUCUCAUUUCGUGAUAUAGACAACCUCAUUGAUUAG